UUUGAAUAAAUCAUGACUUGCUCAGUGAGUCAUAUCAUUUGAUAGUUGAUAGAAGAAAAUAGAAAUAAUACAGACAGCACUAGUUCUUUCAAAAGUGGACCUCUUUGAUAUUUGAGGGGUCGUAACCAUGGGUCGAGUAAUUCGUGCUCAACGUAAAGGUGCCGGUUCAGUCUUCGUGUCACACACGAAGAAAAGAAAAGGAGCCCCAAAACUUCGUUCCUUAGACUAUGCUGAGCGUCAUGGUUAUAUCAAGGGAGUCGUAAAGGACAUCAUCCACGACCCUGGUAGGGGUGCUCCUCUUGCGGUCGUUCAUUUCCGUGACCCUUACAAGUUCAAGACACGCAAGGAGCUCUUCAUCGCUCCCGAAGGUCUUUACACUGGCCAGUUCGUAUAUUGUGGAAAGAAAGCCACCCUUGAAGUUGGUAAUGUGAUGCCUGUAGGUGCUAUGCCUGAGGGUACCAUUGUGUGCAAUUUGGAAGAAAAAAUGGGUGACCGAGGCCGGCUUGCUCGUGCAUCUGGAAACUUCGCCACAGUUAUUGGACACAAUCCCGAUGCCAAGCGCACUAGAGUUAAGUUGCCCUCUGGCACAAAGAAGGUUCUGCCAUCAAGCAACAGAGGCAUGGUUGGUAUCGUUGCUGGAGGUGGUCGUAUUGACAAGCCCAUCCUGAAGGCUGGCCGUGCAUACCACAAGUAUAAGGUGAAGCGUAACUGCUGGCCAUAUGUACGUGGUGUUGCCAUGAACCCUGUAGAGCAUCCUCACGGUGGUGGUAACCAUCAACACAUUGGUAAGGCUUCGACUGUCAAGAGAGGAACAUCCGCCGGUCGCAAGGUUGGUCUCAUCGCUGCCCGCAGGACCGGAAGAAUUCGUGGUGGCAAGACCGACAACAAGAAGGAGGCGUAAAUUUACUUUUAUGCAAAAUAAAAUCUGUAAACCACAUAA